CGACGACGACCAGGCUUGCCCUGAUCACUUCCAACGAUGCUGCGAGCCUCACGUAUUCUGCGAGGACCGUGCAGACCGCUGCUGCGGGGAUGUGCACCCGUAAUUCAGGGUUCAUACCGAUCAAGGCUGGUGUCACCCGUCCAGGCUAAGGGCAAGACUCCAUCGCAUAGCAGGCUCCUCGCUACUGUUGCACAAGCAGCAGCAGAAGCACAGCGGCCGCAACCCGAGGCUGCAUCGGAGGAGCUCCCGAUUGUGAGUAGCGAUGAAAAGCAGGUCGCGGUCGGGUGGGAUACCCGAACUUGGUCUCGGUUCCAUAACAUAUGGCUCCGCGACCACUGCCGAUGCCCGAAAUGCUUCCAUCACAUCACAAAGCAGCGUCUCCAGAGCACAUUCGAGAUACCGGCAGACAUUGCUCCUCUUCGCGUCGAACCAAAGGCUGAAGGUUUGGAAGUCGUAUGGAACAGCUCCGAUAACCACACAUCACUAUAUCCCUGGACAUGGCUUCGAGCCAAUUCUUACGAUCCUCCGUUGAAGGAGAAGAGACCGGAUGAGACGGAGAAGAUUCUAUGGGGCUCCAAGAUUGAGAAGGCGCCACCGACGGUUGCAUACGAAGAAGUCAUGCAAUCGGACGCAGGCUUAUUCAAAUGGCUGUCCAAUAUCGACCGGUUCGGGUUCUCUUUCGUCUCCGGUGUCCCUGCGACCCCAGAAGCUACCGAAGAACUGAGUGAGAAGAUUGGAUUUAUCCGCGAAACUCAAUAUGGUAAAUUCUGGGAUUUCACCUCCGACCUCGCCAAAGGCGACACAGCAUAUACCACGCUCGCAUUAGGCGCCCACACCGAUAACACCUACUUUACCGACCCAUGCGGCCUCCAACUCUUCCACCUCCUCUCACACACCGAAGGAACAGGUGGUUCCACCCUCCUCGUCGAUGGCUUCUACGUCGCGUCCAUCCUCAAAGAGCUCAACCCUUCCGCGUACCGUCUCCUCUCAACCAUCCCUGUCCCCGCCCAUGCCGCCGGCGAGCCAGAUUGCUUGUACAGGCCCAGUCCGUUUGUCGGGUAUCCGACCUUGGGACACGAUCCCUGGACAAAGGAACUCGUGCAAGUUCGGUGGAACAACGAUGAUAGGUCUGUUAUGAGCCAUCUUGAACCCAGUCUCGUCGAGGAGUGGUACGAAGCUAUCCGUCUUUGGAACCAAUGUCUGAAGAGCCCGGAUUCUGAGUAUUGGGUGCAACUAACACCUGGCACCGCAGUCGUCGUCGACAAUCACCGUGUCCUCCAUGGCCGCUCUUCAUUCAGCGGCAAACGCCGCAUGUGCGGAGCUUACAUCGGUGUGGACGAGUACCGCAGUAAACUUGCUGUCCUCAGCGAGAAGUAUGCUCCUGACACUGUGCUUCGUGCCACGGAGGCCCUGCCAGACACUGUAGUGAACGGUCGCAACAUCUGGAACCUCGCGCUCUAAAGCCCGAGCCUUCCGAAGACGAAUCUAACCUACCUUAUAUGUACUCACGAAUUGUAAUGUGUUCUUUACGAAUGUACUCAUGAACUAUCUCGUC